UGAACUUGAAAAUCUGUAAGGCUCUUUAGAAUUCAAAAAUGUAUAAUGGUGAUAAUGAUAAUAAUGACAUAGCAAAACCCAUUGAUUUAAUUUAUUCCUAGGAAAAAGUUGCUAAGAUGCAAAGAAUCAACCAAACCAUUAGAGUCACCAAGUUUAUCCUUGUGGGUUUCUCCAGCCUGGGUGAGUUACAGAUGCUCCUUUUUGUGAUCUUCCUAUUUCUCUACAUGACAAUCCUGUUGGCCAAUGCCACAAUCAUGACUGUGAUCCGCUGCAGCCGGUCCCUCCACACCCCUAUGUAUGGCUUCCUUUUCAUCCUCUCUUUUUCUGAAACCUGUUAUACCUUUGUCAUCAUCCCCCAGCUCCUGGACCAUUUGCUCUCGGAUACUAAGACCAUCUCUUUUGUGGCCUGUGCCACCCAACUCUUCUUCUUUCUGGGCUUUGCAUGUACCAACUGCUUCCUCAUCGCUGUGAUGGGCUACGACCGUUAUGUGGCCAUCUGCUUCCCCCUGAGGUACAUGGUUAUCAUGAACAAGAGACUGGGGCUUGGACUUAUAUCUGUGUCUGCUGCUACAGGAUUCUUCAUUGCCCUGGUAGCCACCAAUCUGAUCUGUGACAUGCCCUUCUGCGGCCCCAACAGGGUCAAUCACUACUUCUGUGAUAUGGCACCUGUGAUCAAGCUGGCCUGUACAGACACCCAUGUGAAGGAAUUAGUUCUAUUCAGCCUCAGUAUCCUUGUCAUUAUGGUUCCCUUUGUGCUCAUCCUAAUCUCCUAUGGCUUCAUUGUCAACACCAUCCUUAAGAUCCCAUCAGCUGAUGGGAAGCGUAAGGCAUUUGCCACUUGUGUCUCUCAUCUCACUGUAGUCAUUGUCCACUAUGGAUGUGCCUCCAUCAUCUACCUUCGGCCCAAAUCCAAGUCUGCAUCAGAUAAGGAUCAGCUUGUAGCAGUGACAUAUACUGUAGUGACUCCCUUGCUCAAUCCCCUUGUCUACAGCCUGAGGAAUCAGGAGGUGAAGGCAGCACUGAAAAGAGUCUUCUGGAGGCCAGCACCUUCCAAGUUAGUCUGAAGGAGGGGUUUUAGUUUGUAAAGAAUGGGGAAAAGCUGCCCAAGGCAUGUCUCCAUCAUGCCACAAGGAUAGUUAUUCAAAGGCUGGGGGCACUUAGUCCUUUUCAUCCUGUAAAAGAGCAAACAAAUAUAAUAGAACAUCAUAAACAUGCCUCAUGGCAAAACAUUGCCUCAUGGCUAUGAUUUAAUCCUCAGUAUAGCUUAGUGGGGGGGAAAGAGCUGAAUUUGGAGUCAGUGGUCCUGAAUUCAAGUACUAACUAUACUUAUAACCUAUGUGAUCAUGGCCAAAUCUUUCAAUGUCUGUGUGUCUAUUUUCUAUCAAAAAAUAAGGCAUGGGUGGGAGGAGCCAAUAUGGCAAAGAAAAGAUAGUCAUUCAUCUGAGCUCUUCCAAAUCCCCUUCAAACACCUUUAAAUGAUGGCAUUAAACAAUUCUUGGAGCAGAAGAAGCUACAAAAGGAUAGAGUGAAAUAAUCUUCCAUCUCAAGACAGCUUAGGUCAGCAAGAAAGAUCAUACCUCCUUGAUGGUGGAGGACAGGACAUUCUAGUAUAGCCCUUGCCCCAGCAAACUAUAAGCAGGCAUUGGAAGCCCCUGAAUCAGCAGCAGCAACAGUGGCAACUUCUGGAAUUCUCAGUCCAUGGAUGAUAAGGGAAUCAGACAAGUAACUGAUCAGAAGACAAUUAUAGUCUCUCUUUAUUGGCACUGGGGGCAGGACUCUGUCCAUUCUCAGAUCUGGUUCACAGUCCUAGGACAAAGAGGAGGACUAACACACCAAAUCUUGCAGCCCUAGUGGAGCAGGGACCCUUCCCACAGUUGCAGGGCAGAAAUGAGUGCUUGUGGUCAUUCAAAACCCAGAAUACAGCCCAGGAGAGUAGUAAAUACCUCUCCUUAGAUCAUACUAUCUUGGAAGAACUGAAAAUUUACAGAAGCACCUUUGAAAACAGCGGCACAGAACUUUUGAAUCUUGGGAUAGUGCAUCCUACAUCUUGAAAGCAGAGCCCCACUUUAACAAAGAAAAGUCAAGAAACAAACUGGAAAAUAAGCAAACAGGCAAAAAAUAUUCUCACCAUAGAAAGUUA